GCAGGCGUACAACAUCCCACCAAUUCCAAUCGGAUCCUCGUUUUUGUCUGAGAAAGAGAAAAUCAGAAAGAAAAGAAGAAGCGCGGGCUACAUAACUCCAGUAGUCCUCUCUCUAACAAAACAAUUAAAAUGGCAGCAGCGGCCGUGGAAGGGGCAACCGUGUCGGCACUGAGGUCCGUGCUGCAACGUGUAUAUAAGGCCGCGGACAGGUGCGGGAGGCCGUACGAUGGAGUGAGGGUGGUAGCCGUUGGAAAGACGAAGCCCGUGUCCCUCAUCCGCCAGCUGUACGACGCUGGCCAUCGCUGCUUCGGCGAGAAUUACGUCCAGGAGAUCCUCGACAAGGCCCCUCAGCUUCCACCAGAUAUCGAAUGGCAUUUCAUCGGGCACCUUCAGAGCAAUAAAGCAAAAUCCCUUAUUGCUAUUGUCCCAAAUCUUGACAUGGUUGAAGGUGUGGACAAUGAGAAGAUUGCGAAUCAUCUCGAUCGUGCGGUCGCAAGCAUGGGAAGGAAGCCUCUGAAGGUUUUGGUACAAGUUAAUACCAGUGGGGAAGCAUCAAAAUCGGGUGUUGAUCCCACAGAUUGUCUAGAACUCGCUAAGCAUGUUAAGCUGGGAUGUCCAAACCUCCGCUUUUCUGGCCUAAUGACAAUCGGGAUGCCAGACUAUUCAUCAACUCCAGAGAAUUUCAGGACAUUGUCGAACUGUAGGAACGAGGUUUGCAAAGCACUCGGAAUGGCAGAAGAGCAGUGUGAGCUAUCAAUGGGCAUGUCCAGCGACUUUGAACAAGCAAUUGAAAUGGGGAGUACGAAUGUCAGAAUCGGAUCAACCAUAUUUGGACCGAGGGAGUAUCCAAAGAGAGCGCAAGGCUAGUAAUCAUCAACCUCGAACACAUUGAGUAGUAUGCAAUCUUCAUGCACCUCAUCCAUUUCUUGAUCAUGCAGAUUAAUGUUAAUAUCUACCUCUAUACUCCAAUCUCUCGUGGCCGAGAAGAAGUGAUGACUUGAUGAUCUGCCCCUUUAAUCAUAAAUCCUCCUGUUAGCUAUUAAAUGAAUUGGUUUCUUACUUUCUUAGCUUGCUGGUUUUGUGCAGUCUAAGAGCUUAUUACCAGUUACAAGCAUGGAAGUGUAAUUAGCAGCUAAAGCACUGGAACUUACAUUUUUUUUUCCUUGCCAGUAAGAUAGUCUUUCAGGGUAA